AUGGGAAAAAAGGAUGCAAGUGCUGUCAAGCAGCCGGUCGAUCAGUAUCCUAAACAGAUCGGAAAACAGGAUUACAAGAAAACCAAGCCGCCACUGUGAGCCACUUGACUGAAGGCGGAGGCGAAGAGGAGCGCUCCGGGAAUCAGGGACAUCAUAUUGGUUGUUGUGGCUGUUCUGGUCUUCCUCCUGGGUGUCUAUGAAUUCUUCUACCUUAAUUUGAGCACCGAACUGCACCUGGACAUGGACUAA